AUGUACAUCACUAGUGGGGGCCGGGGAGAGGAGAGUGUGUCAGAGGUGGAGACUAAGCAUAAACACUGCUCGCUUAGGAAUGUGGCUGCUGACCCCUGGUGGUUGCCAGUCAGAGGGGCAGACUGGAGGCACCCUGAGGGUCUCGACUCCAGCAUCACUAACAGGCUGGACCAUCCUGUGCUGCAUGUGUCAUGGGGGGAGGGUCUGGCCUACUGCUCCUACCCACAAGAGACUGAGUGGGAGUAUGCCUGCAGAGGUGGCCUACAGCACAGGCUGUAUUUCAUGGGGAACAAACUCAACCCUAAAGGCCAGCACUACACCUACCUCUGGCAAGGAGAUUUCCUCACACACAACUCUGGAGAGGAUGAGUACGCCAACAUUUCACCAGUGAUGUCAUUUCCUGCUAACGGCUAUGGCCUGUACAACAUGGUGGGGAAUGCAUGUGAGUGGACAUCUGACUGGUGGACUGUUCACCACACUAAGGACGAUACUCUUUUACAGACAGGACCACCAUCAGGCAGAGACCGGGUGAAGAAAGGAGGCUCCUACAUGUGCCAUAAGUCCUACUGUUACAGGUACAGGUGUGCAGCACGUAGUCAGAACACCCCUGAUAGCUCUGCCUCUAACCUAGGGUUCCACUGUGUCUCCCGGGAGCCACCUAGCUAGAAAUCGUAACAUACGUUUGCAAAUUCGUAACAUAUUGUAUGUUUUUCAAAUUUGUACCAGAAUUCGGGGUUGUAGUGGAGCUGGCCGAGAGUUUCAAGUUUCUUGGUAUCCACAUCACCAACAAACUAUCAUGGUCCAAACACACCAAGACAGUCGUGACUUGGGUAACUGUAGUC